CAAUUAUCAAACAUUUGAUGUUAUUGAAAUUAAUUCUACAACAAAGCCUUUCGAUUAAAAGAUAUUUGUGUACAAAAUACUGCCAAAAAAUUAUCACAAUAUACUAACCGACACUGCUCUUGUAUAAGUGGAAUUUUUUGGGACCAAUGACCCUAUUGCAUUUGACUUACAUAUGUAAUAUUAGGUUGUAAAAUGUUCCCAGUAUGUCUUAUAUGAGUGCUUCAGAAAAUGUGGGUUUCAGUGGUAUUCCCCAAAAUAUAUCAGAAUCAAGUUGUGCGAGUCAAUAUAAAAUGGCAGUUGAAAGUGUUCCUGGAACAUGUAACAGUAAUGUGAAUAUGUACAUUCAUGACAGCUCAGGGGAUGAGCAAGGAUACAUACCACAUUUAUCAGAAAACUUCUUUCAUUCAAAAUUUAAGAUUGAUCCUAAUGAUUUGUAUACAUUUCAUGAUUCAGAUGUUAUAGCUGGAGAAAUUACUGUAAGUAACACAGAAGAAAAUGUGACUCUGUCUGAUACUGAAGGGAAAGCUAUACCUUUGGAAAGCCCAAUUAAGGAACUUGAUCUUUUAGGAGAUUUAAAUAAUGGUGAAUUAAAAAAAACUGCUAAACAACCUGUUUUGAAUGGUCACUGUAAGAUCAAUGAUAUCAACAAUACAGUAGAUAAGAAGACAGUUAAUGCCAAAGUGAAAAAAGUUCAGGUUCAAGACAAUUGUAUCAAUCAACCGAAGAUAUCUAUUGUUCAUCAUCCAGGUCUUCCAAGUCCUAAGGGAAACCUGCCGUCAAACAAAGUUUUACUUCAUAACAGUAAUGUUUCUAAUGAUAACUCCCAGAAUAUAGCUUCAAAAGCAGGAGGAGAAACAUUUUUGGAUGUUUUUAAACGAGAGCAAAUUUUAGCUGAGAGUCUAGUAGCAGUUAACAAGACUGAACCUUAUAUAGCACCUGUUAAAAUUUCCACUCCCGCCCCAAAAAAAUCUGCAGCCAAACCCUCAACCAAGGCGAAAAAAGGUAGAGGGCCUAUACAGCAUGAGGCCUUACAACGGAUAUCCCCUCACCACAGAGUAAUUGUGCAGCCAAUAAAGACGUGGCACUCACCAGAUGAGGAGUUGUUUGAAUGUGGCCCCCUAGAUAUUCAGAAUACAAACCCAUAUAAACUCUUAGAAAGCAGUAGCGAUGAUGACAUUAUGCCUGAUUAUGAGAGUGGUUCGGGACCUGUCUGUGUCGAGGAAAGCGCGGCAGAGUCACGAAGCGCUAGACUAGAACUGCGUAGGGCUGCGAUGAGAAGACAGAUGUCGCGGACGGCUACGGCUAUGCAUUUGACCAAAAAGCACGAUAGACAUAGAGCACUGGCAGCCCUAAUAAAGAGACAACUAAAUGAAGCAAGCUCUUGUCGUCUUCCUCAACAAACGAUGAAUCACCUUUUGGCGAUGCGCGGAAUGACUGGAACUUUAUCUUUACAAGAGAGACGGACGCUGAGAGCAAGUGGCUGGUCGGGGUGCGACAGCAGUAAAUUAGACUCGAACGCAACGAGCAUGUGUGCUGAGGAAAAAUGCACUUUAACGCCUCUACCGUGCGCUCGGUAUUGCUUAUCACACAUCACGUUGGCGCCGGAACAGCGGCUGUAUGCAGCGUGUGCAGCAGUCUUCGCGGGCGGGGAGCGCUGCAAACAGCCGCUUUUGCCGCUGCACGAGCAGACGCCGUUGUGCCCGGAACAUGCUUGGAAAAGGGAUAAUUACGAGCUCCUCAGUCGCGAGAAGCCCCAAAAGAGCCGAAAGCGUGCGUGCCCCUUGAGCGGCUCUGUGCGUCCGCCGCGUCCGCCGCGCAAACCCAAACGGAGACGCUGGCUCGUGGCCAAAAGACCGCCCGUGCAUACGCAGUCUCUGUCAGAAAUAAAUGCCUACUCAAAUUCGUCGGCGUAUGACAGCGAGGACACGGGCAUCGGUGGGCUUAGUGAGACUGAAUAUAUUGGUGGAACUGCAAGUGAACUAGAAGUCGGACAAGUGCCUCCAGAUGACAUUUUGGACCCGAGCGUCUUGAACCAAAUGCCGGAUGAAGCGUUUACGGAGUUUUUCAAUCAAGCGGAGGGGGGUACGUUCGCUGAAAGCUGCGAACUAGCGGCCGCAUUGGAGGCCGUGUUGGACGAGCGCGCGCUCGAUAUGACCGACGUGUUUACGAGUUCGCCUGUACCCGCUAAUAAGAUGCAAGUUGCCGUAAGUAUGGAGUCGUCGUCUGCGCCCUCAUAACACAUAUACGCUUAUCUAAACUGUAUAAUAAUGUGUUUAGGAACAAACCUGUUUUGAAUUAUGCUUUAAUUUUGUGUGUUAGUGAAUCGUAGUGUGUAACUGUCGUAGUAGUUUUUUUAUAAUUGGUCAACUUAAACAUUUAAUUGUCAUACUUUUAAUAUUUCUUCUGACGUCAGUUAUGCUCCUAUGAUUUUGCCGCUUUUCGGAUUAAAAGUUUACAUCCCGUUAUUUGUCGGUCACGGAUGACUUACGUUUAGUUCGUAAAAGCUGCAAAUUUAUAAAAAGCACGCAAAAUAGAUACAUGCUACUAUGAAUAAUUUUUUCAAGUGCUGUUGGUAUUCUCCCGAAAUAAUCUUCCAAAACUGUCUGUACUCAAAAACCUAAUUGAAUAUGGGUUUAAACCAGUGUUUAAUAUCCUUGAAGAUACAGAAACACAUUAUCAAAAAAUACACCAAUGUCUGGCAUGGAUAUUUGAACAGUUUAAUUAGAUUUUUGUGUUUUCAAAUGCGGUCCACGCGUUGAAAAUAUAACAAUUUCUUCGUAUUGAGAGAUUUACGUUAAUUUAGAUAUAGGUGAUACUUUACCAUGAGUUUGGCAAGAACACUUUAACUGCACUUGUUGGGAUAUACCCGUGGGGUUAGAACCCUCGGUCAAUCGAUUUCCGUGUUGUCUUUAUUUUUCUUAUAGGCAAGUGGGCAAUUCGCCUACUAUACCUAUCAUGCAAAUUUGGAGUCCAUAAGUAUAAUUAAAUAAAAAACGUGUUGACAUUCCGAAGUCUUCGCGUGUUUUGCUUCGCCUUCGUGGGUAUCAUUACAGUCUCUACGCAAGGCCCCAGGCUUCGGUACCUUUUCGAUGCUUUUAUUUGCAGUAGUCUUGACCGCGCUUAACCAUUCUAAUAAAUAUACGAUUAUUUUCCAAAUAGCUAUUAUAUAACAGUCAGUUUUGUCAAACUCAUGGUUGGUUAGUAUUUGUAAAAUUAAAUAUAACUUGUAAAUAUUCACAAUGAAGUACAGUUCCAACAAUUGUGAAUCAUCCGUUUUGCGUUUGAUCACGCGUGACUGACGGUGUUUUAGGUACAGUUAGUCACGGGUGACCGACGAUUUCAAGCGCCAUCUAUGGAAUAGAAACUGUAUUUCAUUUUUAUAGUUGGUCACAAUUUUCUAAAACCGAGAACAGUAUUAAAGGGUUUCUGGUUGCAUUUUAUUCGAUCAAAGUAAGAUAAUUAAGGGUUCGGUAAUUGGAUUUUAUUCAUAAUUAACAUGGUAUAGUAUACUCUUAAUUCACAAUACAAUCAAUAUAUAUGGCUCGCAUAGAAAAAACAAUCAAAUUUAAAAAACGAGUUUUGUUAGUAAACUUCUGUAAUUUAUGGUAUUUUAGUUUUUGUACUGAAAUAGCAAAUGGGACAAUAAUCUAUUUUCUAAUAUAAAAAAACAGCCGAAAUAAUUGCAGUUUUUAAAGUAAACUACUGUUUUUUCAUUUGAACAGUAAACCCUACUGUAGUGGGUGAGUCUAACGAAUAUUCUAGAGUCGCAAUUUGGGUGCGAUGCGUCCUUCGACGAUCAAUAUUCCUGUAGAUAAAAUGUUCCUACUUAGAUUGUGAUUAUUGGCGAUGUAACACGUAACGCGAAAUACGUUAGGUUAAAAUUCCUGUGAAUAUUAAUUUAAUUGGAACGUGAUUUUCAUUAAGUGUAUAAUUGUUUUGUUCUUUAAUUGUUAAAGCGUCUAAAUUUAUGGUCAUAAUGAUAUUUUAAAGCUGAAUUGGAUUUAGGCACCCCCCUUUAUCGGCAUAGAACAGGUCUCUGAUGGUAGGUUAUGCCUACAAGUCUAUAUGACCGCAUCUUAGAAGUCGUUAGUUCUGGUAUGGAAUUACAUAUUUCAUAAUCGUGAUUAUAUACGGAAAAAAAUUUAUUCACGUUUGGGGGAUCGGCUCUUAACAAUAAGGUAAUGAUGCGCAAAAAAUCAAAGCACAGUCCUCUACGAAAAAUCUAUGAUAUAAAUUAAUGCGCCAUUAUCAUGUUUUGGGGUGAGAUUUAUACUCUUAACUAUUACAACACUAACUUACAAAUAGAUAGAUAUUGCUACUCCGGAUAAAAUAAAUAGAUAUUGUAAUAAACACGGUUAAAUAGUCGUAUUCAAUAGAUCAAAUAAAUUGUUGUUGGAUAGUUGAUAUUUAAAACUUAUUAGCAUUUUGUGAACUGUGCUACGUUAUAUAUUAAUAACUAUAUACAAAUAAUAUGGGAAUCGAUUUUUCAUGUUCAAUUAGACCUAUAAUGGACUGCCAACUGCCAGUUAUUUCGUUUGACAUAUGUCAUAGAGAAAUUUCCUAUGACAGCUGUCAUGUGAAAAGAACAGUGCACUGAGCACAGAACAAUAAAUAUAGCAAUCUGUGUUUUCUAAUGACAAACAUUUAGAGAAUCAUUUGCGCAUUUUCCGUCUACCGAACACACGUGAAUGAUGUUCGUAUAUUCUAUAAGGUGAUGCAUUUCGAUGUAAAAGUCCUUGUGAUCAUAAAUGUUGGCAUUAUAUAAUUGGAAUUUCCCGCCUCGUGAAACAUGUAUGCGCUUAUCUGCAGGGGUCUUUAUAUAUUCAUCAAUAGUAAUUAACAGAGAGGAAGAACCAAUAGAGUGGAGACAAAUAAUUUUACAGUCUACAGAUAACAUUGCCUUUAAUGUAACAUAUUUGUUUUCACUUAUAAGAUUAAAUUAAUAACUCUAUUUGUUCAUCCCUCUACAGUUAGAUAUGGCUAGUUAUUUAUUUGUAUUUUUGUAGAAUUGGAACUGACUGCGCUUAGGGAGAUUAUAGUAUAAGAUACUGCACCUUAGUUUAAGUAGAAAUAAGAGGGUUCGACUUAUCUGAAAAUUACUGAAGCGACGUUUUGAGAAGCGUUUAAUAGUGCAAUUCUACAUUCAUAGAUGGCGUUAAACUAACGUUGCAUUGGUAACAUCAAUUUUAAAAAGUUAACGUCGACUUAAUAUUUAUUGGCCUUGUGAAUAAUUGUUUUUGUAUCUGUGCUCUGUAGUUUCGUAUGUUAUUCCUUUCAUAAUGUCCAUGAAGACGGCGUAUUGUGCGGCCCCUAAGGUAUUAGAAAAUUGUUGAUAGCGUGAGUAAUGUUGUAAUGUUUCUGAAAGUAAUAAUUCCUAUCUACUUUGUUUUGGAUCACUUGUAAAUCGAUGUAAGCUUUUAAACAUUUUGGAUUGAUACAAUCGAUACUCUUUGAUUCUAAAUACGUGUUAACUUGAAAAUGUAAAGAUUUAAUUUGGAAUUGUAAUCAAAUUAUUUUGGUCUUAAUACGUUUCGCUCCAAGAAUGUUACAGAAAACAACUACCUCUAUAAAUGCCUGAUGUUCACGCGUCCAUGUGAUAUUGGUAAUAAACUGAAAAAUACUAUUCUACGCUAAUUUUUUUGUUUCUUUUGUCAGUUCAACCCCAUAUCUGAAAUGACGCCAUCUAGUGAGCAGUUGGAAAUGUUUCCAACUUGUAUAGAUUCAAACUCCCGUUUGAUUGCCUCAUUUUUUACUAUUUAUGCCCCACUAAUUAUUACCGAAUAACAUCACGCUUGACCUCUGAAACUUCUUAUUGAGUUUGUGUACGGACGAGUCGCUUUAAUAGUAGGAUUUGCGAACCCACCGACAUAUUUAACUCACGAUUAAAAAUAAAACUCAUUGUAAUUGAUAUUUAUUUAUUUCACCACAGAACAUAGAAGUAUGUCCAGUGUAUUUAAUCUUUAGCACUGUUAUAUACUGUAUAUGUAACAUAUUUUUAUAUACUUUUUACCUUCGUAGUUUCCAAUCGCAGUAGGCUUAAUCUAAUUUGACGAUGUGUUUGGUCUCUUUAAUAUAAGUUAGAAUCGUAUAUUUUUGUAAUAAUAGUUAAGGAAGCAUUUUUAGUUUGUAGUACAUUGUACAUUAGCCAGCAUCUGAAUGUAAUUUAUGUGUAGUAAUAAACAUUUAAUGUACA